AUGAAGUCCCUUCAAUUAGAGGACGACUUGAAAUCUAUUUAUUCCGAUUAUAUAGAGAGAUAUUUUCCUAAUUCCAAAUCCCCUACGAUUACACCAGACGAUUUUGAAAUACUAUCAACGAUUAGAUACGAUCCAUCUUUAUCAAAGCAUCCCCCAACAACUUACCAUGAAAUAUCGCCCCUGAAUGUGUUUCUCUUGCCAGAGCACGUUGCAAGAUUACGAUAUACCUUCCAGUUUUUCCACUAUCUAUAUGGCACCCCCUUUGACUCGGAGAUCACUGAAGAUUUUUUGUUGAAGCAGAUCAAGGAGAGUCUUGAGCAAAUGGGGAAGCCUUUGGAUAAACCAUACAAGAUACGAGGAUUGUUUAAAUUGGGUGGGACGGCAAGGUUGGAGAUACAUGAAACGACCAACCGGGAGAACUUGUUACUGGGAUUACAGGAGAUCAGUCACCAAGACGGUUCAACUACUUCGUCCAUGGAUGAGGCUGAACAAAAGUGGGACGUCUACGUAAACACAAGGAGCUCACUUAUUUCGCCAUUCACAUCAUUUAAAACCACCAAGAGGGACGUAUAUAAUGAAGCUAGAAAGAUUCUUCCAGGCUUGAGACCCGGAAACGAGGAAGUGCUGCUUUUCAAUUCUCAAGGUCAAUUGAUGGAAGGUUCUAUUACGAAUGUUGCCAUCAAAAGAAAGCGUGAUGGCAAAUGGGUUACACCUUUAUUGAGUUCUGGUUGUUUGUGUGGUGUGAUGAGGCAUUUUCUUUUGCGCAGAAAUUACAUUGAGGAAGAUAUAGUUUUGAUUAAAGAUGUAUCUAUCGGAGACGAAAUGAUAUUGUUCAAUGGAGUAAUGGGUGUGGUAAGGGGGCGAGUUGUGGGUUGA